UUAAAAGACAUUGAACAUGGCGGCCCCCACAACUUUCACGAUAGCCUGCAUCAUAAUAUGUUUGGUUAUUGGACCAAACGUUGAAGCAGAAGAAGAAUCGAGACCUCCGCAUAUUGCAAUUGUUGGUGGUGGUAUAGGAGGAACCUCUACAGCUUACUUCAUGAGAGAGCAGUUUGGCAGUGAAGCUGUCAUAGACGUUUACGAAAAAAACACCAUCGGUGGUCGCCUGGCAACUGUCAACAUCAACAGCAGAGACUAUGAAUCUGGAGGCUCCAUCAUUCACCCAGAAAAUCUGUACAUGGUCAAUUUUACAAAAAUUCUAGGUUUGGAGAAACGAGAGAGACCUUCCGGGCAAGUCAUGGGCAUAUUUGAUGGUGAGGAAAUGAGAAUGACAACAAGUCCGUAUACUGUGGUCACCUUGGCCAAAAUGUUCUGGCGGUAUGGUCUGGACAUCUACAACCUUCAAAAGUGGGUUAGCAGUGACCUCAUGGUCAAGUUUAAAAGAAUCUACGAAGUACAGGAUGCCGGCUAUGCAUAUACAAAUGUUCCAGAACUAUUGGCCUCUAUGGACCCAUCCUUCGCUAAUUACCUAAAAAAAUCAAUAAUGAUGGUAAUGAGAGAAGAAGGAUUACAUGAAGCCCUGAUCCAUGAGCUUGUGAUGGGGGCCAUGAGGACAAAUUAUGGACAGGGCUUGGAGAUUCCUGGUUUUGUUGGAGCUAUAUCAAUGGCUGGUGUGGAGCCCGGACUGUGGUCUGUCAAGGGAGGUAAUAAGGUGAUCCCAGAAAAUAUUGUCAAAUAUUCCAAAAUUAAUGUAAUUCCUGCUGUGGUUAAAAUGGUAGAAUUUCUGGAAGAUGAACCUUUUCUAUAUGAAGUUUACUAUAAGCAAGAUGAAAAUGGUGAAGUGAAGACCAAACGAUAUGACAUGGUUGUCAUAGCAACGCCUCUUCAUGAUGGAAUUUCAAACAUUAAAUUUGAGGGAUUUCAACAAGAUAUUCACAACUUUCCCCAGCAAUAUCACAAAACAGUGGCAACAUUUGUACAUGGAAAAGUAAACAGUUCUUAUUUUGGCAUGGAAAAAGCCACCGAAAUGCCAAAUGAAGUGUUCACAUGUAAUAUGAACUUGUUAAUGAAUUCAUUUGGUCAACAUCUUCCAGUAGAUUACAGUAGUGCCUCGGACAAAAUUCCACCCAUUAAUGAGGAUAUUGUUGGUAAAAUUUUCUCAAACAGGGAACUCACACAGGAAGAGAUAAAACUCUACUUCAGAUCCAUAGAAGAGGUUCAUACUGUUUCAUGGAUGGCCUAUCCAGAAUAUAAUUUUAAGAAAACUGAUGAUCUACCUCCAUUUCUUUUGAAUGAGAGAUUGUAUUAUGUAAAGGCAAUAGAACUAGCAGCUUCAGCUAUGGAAAUGGAAGCUCUUGCUGGACGGAACAUUGCCCUAUUAGCAUAUAACCACUGGCAUGACAAACUCGAUAAAAUUGAUGAGAAGUACGUAGACCCAAGUCAAGUAUCUAGUUCAGGGACUGGUGACCUUUAAUUGACCAAGUUAAAUGUGAUAACUAGUUGAACAGGUUAAAUGUGAUCACUAAGGUUAAGUAUAAUAACUUAUUGACUAGGUUAAAUGUGAUAACUAGUUGACCAGGCUAGGUAUAACAACUAAUUUAAAAGGUUGAAUAUGAUAACUAAUUGACCAGGUUAAAUGUGAUGACUAAGGUUAAGUAUAAUAUCUAAUUGAGCAGGUUAAAUGUGAUCACUAAGA